AUGGAGAAAAUGCCCCAGCUCAGGACACGGACCCUGCGGGAAGCAGCAGCUUACCUACUGAGGGCUGGGGAGAGGCAGGGUGGCUUUGCAAAAUGUUACGAGAUGACAGAUCUGACCAACAACAAAGUCUAUGCUGCAAAAAUUAUUCCUCACAGCAGAGUAGCCAAACCUCAUCAAAGGGAAAAGAUUGACAAAGAGAUAGAGCUUCACAGAAUCCUUCAUCAUAAGCAUGUAGUGCAGUUUUACCACUACUUCGAGGACAAAGAGAACAUUUACAUUCUCUUGGAGUACUGCAGUCGAAGGUCCAUGGCUCAUAUCUUGAAAGCGAGGAAGGUGUUGACGGAGCCAGAAGUCCGAUACUACCUCAGGCAGAUUGUGUCUGGGCUGAAGUACCUUCAUGAACAAGAAAUCCUACACAGAGAUCUCAAACUAGGGAACUUCUUUAUCAACGAAGCCAUGGAAUUAAAAGUCGGGGACUUCGGCUUGGCAGCCAGGCUGGAACCCUUGGAGCACAGAAGGAGAACAAUAUGUGGUACCCCAAAUUAUCUCUCCCCUGAAGUCCUCAACAAGCAAGGACACGGCUGUGAAUCAGACAUUUGGGCCUUAGGUUGUGUAAUGUAUACAAUGUUACUAGGACGACCCCCCUUUGAAACGACAAAUCUGAAAGAAACUUACAGGUGCAUAAGAGAAGCCAGGUAUACAAUGCCAUCGUCGUUGCUGGCUCCCGCUAAGCACUUAAUAGCUAGCAUGUUGUCCAAAAAUCCUGAGGAUCGUCCCAGUUUGGAUGACAUCAUUCGACAUGAAUUUUUUUUGCAGGGCUUCACUCCAGACAGACUCUCUUCCAGCUGCUGUCAUACAGUUCCAGAUUUCCACUUGUCAAGCCCAGCUAAGAAUUUCUUUAAGAAAGCAGCUGCUGCUCUUUUUGGUGGCAAAAAAGACAAAGCAAGAUACAUUGACACACAUAAUAGAGUGUCUAAAGAAGAUGAAGAAAUUUACAAGCUUAGGCAUGAUUUGAAAAAGACUUCAAUAACUCAGCAGCCCAGCAAACACAGGACAGAUGAGGAGCUCCAGCCACCUACCACUACAGUCGCCAGAUCAGGAACACCUGCAGUAGAAAAUAAGCAGCAGAUUGGAGAUGCUAUUCGCAUGAUAGUCAGAGGCACUCUUGGCAGCUGCAGCAGUAGCAGCGAAUGCCUCGAGGACAGUACCAUGGGAAGUGUUGCGGACACAGUGGCAAGAGUCCUUCGAGGAUGUCUAGAAAACAUGCCGGAAGCUGACUGCAUUCCCAAAGAGCAGCUGAGCACUUCCUUUCAGUGGGUCACCAAAUGGGUCGAUUACUCUAACAAAUAUGGCUUUGGGUACCAGCUCUCAGACCACACUGUAGGUGUCCUUUUCAACAAUGGUGCUCACAUGAGCCUCCUUCCAGACAAAAAAACAGUUCACUAUUACGCAGAGCUUGGCCAGUGCUCUGUUUUCCCAGCAACAGAUGCCCCUGAACAAUUCAUUAGUCAAGUGACGGUGCUCAAAUACUUCUCUCAUUACAUGGAGGAGAACCUCAUGGAUGGUGGUGAUCUGCCUAGUGUUACCGAUAUUCGAAGACCUCGGCUCUACCUCCUUCAGUGGCUCAAAUCUGAUAAGGCCUUAAUGAUGCUCUUCAAUGAUGGCACCUUUCAGGUGAAUUUCUACCAUGAUCAUACGAAAAUAAUCAUCUGUAGCCAAAAUGAAGAAUACCUGCUGACUUACAUCAACGAGGACAGGAUAUCUACAACAUUCAGACUAACAACUCUGCUGAUGUCUGGCUGUUCAUCAGAAUUAAAAAAUCGAAUGGAAUACGCUCUGAACAUGCUCUUACAGAGAUGUAAUUAA